GACAGGUUGACAAUUGUGGACGCCGUGACAGGUGCCGGUCGAGGCAGAUGUCAAUGCGCGUCGAUAGUUUCCGCAUUUUGGAUUAAUUUGACAGUAGAACUGUGUAGUUUUUUCAGUGGAACUUUAUAACAUUUUUAUACGCGUAAUUUUGUUACAUUUUUUAUAUACGUGAGACGUGAACGUCCUUCGUGCUCCGAAUAUUGUAGCACAUUUCGACGAGAUUCUCGGUGGACCAACCUUUCAGGACUCGGUGUACAGGCAGGUCAAGGUUGUAUACGCUUUCGAAUAGAUCUCGGCGCCCCUUUUCCCAUCCGGACAAUCUGGUGAACACGCAAUUCAAUGGGUCUCAUACGAACGAACGGCGUGCCACGAGGAAUUGCACGAAGAGACGUCUGCAUACACACGACGCUCGGAUACCGCGCGAUGCGCCUCGGCCUUUAAUCGGAGGAGCGAAAUUCUCUCAAUUUAGAGCUGGCUUGAUCCAGAAUGGCUACUGAAGCUGAUCGCUGGAAGAAAAAAACCUGUCUCGAUCGGCUGCGCAAAUUAGCAUCGAGACGCGUGCCGAUCUUAGCGUGGUUACCGAAAUAUAACUCGGAAAAAUUCUUCAGCGAUGUCAUAGCCGGCAUAACAGUCGGUCUUACCGUUAUGCCACAAGGACUCGCAUAUGCGACAUUGGCUGGUUUGAAACCACAGUAUGGUCUUUACUCGGCAUUUAUGGGCGCAAUAGUUUACGUAAUAUUUGGCUCCUGUAAAGACAUCACAAUCGGCCCUACCGCGCUCAUGGCGCUAAUGACUCACGACUAUGUGGAAGGAAGAAAUGCUGAUUUCGCCAUACUUCUCGCAUUCUUAUCCGGUUGCCUGCAAUUACUAAUGGCAUGUUUACGUUUAGGUGUACUUGUAGACUUUAUAUCGAUACCAGUUACUGUGGGAUUUACGUCAGCAACGUCUGUUAUAAUCGUUGCUUCGCAAUUGAAAGGGUUGUUAGGUUUAAAAAUUUCAUCUCAAGGAUUUGUAGACACUUCAAUUAAAGUCUUCGAAAAUAUCGGUGACACGAGUCCAUGGGAUGCUGGGAUGAGUAUCUCUUGUAUCGCAAUACUAUUGUUGUUUAGGAAAAUGAAGGAUGUCAAAUUGCACGCCAUCGGCAAGAAGUCGACGAAUUAUCACCAGAUAAUCGCGAAAGCGAUAUGGCUGCUCUCCACGGCGCGGAAUGCCAUCGUCGUGGUCAUUUGCUCCGUUAUCGCUUACAAAUAUGACUCGUCCGAGUCUGGAUCUCCGUUUAUUCUAACAGGUCCAGUGAGAUCUGGUCUUCCGCCCUUCGGCCUGCCACCUUUUUCCACACAAGUGAAUAAUCAGACUUUCACCUUCACGCAAAUGUGCUCCGAAUUGGGUGCUUCCAUAGUAUUGGUGCCGAUAAUAGCUGUGCUCGGUAAUGUGGCCAUAGCCAAGGCCUUCAUGAACGAGGGAAAAGUCGACGCUUCCCAAGAACUCCUGACGCUCGGAAUCUGUAACAUUCUUGGGUCUUGCGCGAGUUCUAUGCCGGUUACAGGAUCGUUCAGUAGAUCAGCGGUGAAUCACGCCAGCGGCGUGAAGACUCCAAUGGGUGGAUUGUACACCGGAAUUCUGAUCAUACUGGCCCUCAGUCUGCUCACACCGUAUUUCUAUUACAUCCCGAAAGCUUCAUUAUCGGCCGUAAUCAUUUGCGCGGUAAUAUACAUGAUCGAGUACGAGGUUGUGAAACUGAUGUGGAAAUCGAGCAAAAAAGAUCUCGUACCGAUGUUCGUUACCUUUUUGUUUUGCCUCGUCAUUGGUGUGGAAUACGGUAUUUUAUCGGGGGUCGGCAUAAAUCUGAUGUUCCUGCUGUAUCCUUCCGCAAGACCUACGGUCCACGUCGACAAGUGCACAACCGAUUGUGGUGCUGAAUACCUGCUGGUCACACCAGGAAACAGCUUAUAUUUCCCAGCUGUCGAUUUUAUAAAGCAGUCGGUUGGUAAUGCUGGCAUAAAGCAAGGAUCUAGUCAAAUACCGGUUGUUGUUGAUUGUAGAUAUAUUUUAGGGGCAGACUUUACGGCUGCUAAGGGUAUGAAAACGUUGAUCAAUGAAUUUAGUAGUCGCAAACAGGGAUUGUACUUCUACAAUCCAAGAUCGGAUGUGGUUACUGUUUUGAAAGGUGCCUGCGGCGACGAAUUCCAGUACGUUUCGACUCAGGAAGAGCUCUCUUAUCUGUUAUCGACAAUUCAAGACAAAUCUUCGCACCAACUUCUUGAGCAAACACAUGAUAAAUUACAUUCAUCUUUAAUGCUAAACAAUUCGGAGAUGAUUCACAGAAAUGCGCGUGGUUCCUGCCAUGAACUUAGUGAAGUCACUAGUACACUUUUACACGCGACUGCAAGUUGAAAUUGAAUCUCAUUCGAUUGAAUCUCACUCGAUUUAUUAAUUUAAAAAAACAAAAGGUUUUAUUAAACAGAAUGUUACAUAGUUACAAUCUUUAUUUAAAUGAUAUUAAGCACACAAAACAAUAAAUUAAAAGCGACGUAGAAAUAAAAUUAUUUCUUAA